AGCUCAAAAUUCAGUUAAAAUUCCCGGGAAAGAACAACAAAAAUGGUGGUGGUGUUGGGUUCUCUUAGCCAAAUCAAGCCCUCUCCAAUACCAACCAACUCUUCUUCUUCUUCUUCUUCCUCAAACCCCUCACGCAAUUCACAGAAGAACAAAAUUCUCACCAGGAGAAGAGCCAUGGUGCUUGCCCCAAGCCUUGUGGCCGCUUCCUUGCUCCAUUUCUGUAACCCCAUUUCCCCACAACCUUCAUCUCGCCUUGCACUCGCUCUGCAGGAUGAGCUUCAGCAAGACGAAGACCGCGCCGUCAAUCUCUUCCAGGAAACUUCUCCAUCAGUUGUUUUUAUUAAAGACCUUGAAAUAGACAAAAGCCUCAAGGCCUCUUUUGAUGUUGUCUCGCAAAGCGGAGAUGAAAAUUCCAAAGUUGAAGGAACAGGUUCAGGCUUCAUUUGGGAUAAGUUUGGUCACAUUGUCACAAAUUACCAUGUUAUAGCUAAAUUGGCUACAGAUCAAAGCGGAUUACAGCGUUGUAAGGUUUACCUUGUGGACGCAAGAGGCAAUGGUUUUUACAGUGAAGGAAAGAUUGUUGGUGUCGAUCCAACCUAUGAUUUAGCUGUUCUUAAGGUUGAUGUUCAAGGACAUGAGUUAAAACCUGCUGUUCUUGGUACAUCUAACGAUUUACAUGUCGGUCAGAGCUGCUUUGCCAUUGGAAAUCCUUAUGGAUACGAGAACACACUAACAAUAGGGGUGGUCAGUGGCUUAGGGAGGGAGAUACCCUCACCAGAUGGAAAGGCCAUCAGAGGAGCUAUUCAAACGGACGCUGCCAUUAACUCUGGGAAUUCAGGAGGGCCGUUAAUUGAUUCGCAUGGCCAUAUUAUCGGAGUUAACACAGCAACUUUCACUCGCAAAGGGACAGGAGCAUCGUCCGGAGUUAACUUUGCAAUACCGAUUGACACUGUCGUGCGAACUGUGCCGUAUCUUAUUGUAUAUGGAACACCGUACCGCGACAGAUUUUGAUCAAACCUUACCGUUGUACCUAACAAAUAUGUAUAAGAUUUCACAGAACAAAUCGAAUGUCUAUACGAAUAUUAAUUUUUAUGUAAAUUUGUUCAUGAUUAUUCAAAAUGCA